AUGGAGGAGAUAAAGUUUAAAGACAGAGCAGUCUUCGUGCUGGAGAGAGAGUUAGGGGUUCAAGCCGGGCACGCUCAGAGACUGCAGCUCCAAAUGGAGGCUCUAGAUGAGCAGCUGUCCCAGGUCAGAGAGGCCGACCGGCACCCCGGCAGCCCCAGACGGGAACUUCCUCAUGCAGGCGGUGCAGGAGACGCCUCAGACCACUCGGGAAGCCCUGAACAGCAGUUGGAUGAAAAGGAUGCCCGGCGCUUCCAACUUAAAAUCGCGGAGCUGAGCGCGAUCAUCCGCAAGCUGGAAGACCGCAACGCCCUGCUGUCGGAGGAGAGGAAUGAGCUGUUAAAGCGAUUAAGAGAGGCCGAGAGUCAGUAUAAGCCGUUGCUGGAUAAAAACAAACGCCUUACUCGGAAAAAUGAAGAUUUGUCCCACACUUUGCGUCGGAUGGAAAACAAGUUAAAGUUUGUCACCCAGGAGAACAUAGAGAUGAGACAGAGGGCCGGGAUCAUACGGAGACCCAGCUCCUUAAACGACCUCGAUCAAAGUCAAGACGAAAGAGAAGUUGAUUUCCUGAAACUUCAGAUCGUCGAGCAGCAAAACCUCAUAGACGAGCUUUCUAAGACCCUUGAAACCGCCGGCUACGUGAAGAGCGUGUUAGAGCGGGAUAAGCUUUUAAGAUACCGGAAGCAAAGAAAGAAAAUGGCGAAACUCCCCAAGCCGGUCAUCGUGGAGACCUUUUUCGGUUACGACGAGGAAGCAUCCCUGGAAUCCGACGGUUCUUCUGUCUCUUACCAAACGGACCGGACGGACCAGACCCCGUGCACCCCUGACGAUGACUUGGACGAGGGCACGGCCAAGGAGGAGACGGAGCUGCGGUUCCGGCAGCUGACCAUGGAGUACCAGGCGCUGCAGCGCGCCUAUGCCUUGCUGCAGGAGCAGGUCGGAGGGACGCUGGACGCAGAGCGAGAAGUUAAGACGCGUGAGCAGCUCCACGCAGAAGUGCAGCGGGCGCAGACGCGCAUCGAGGACCUGGAGAAGGCCCUGGCGGAGCAGGGGCAGGACAUGAAGUGGAUCGAGGAGAAGCAAGCGCUGUAUCGGAGAAAUCAGGAACUCGUGGAAAAGAUCCGACAGAUGGAGACCGAGGAGGCUCGGCUGAGACACGAGGUGCAGGACGGAAGAGACCAGAACGAGCUGCUGGAGUUCAGGAUCCUGGAGCUCGAGGAGAGGGAGAGGAAGUCACCCGCCAUCAACUUCCACCACACGCCCUUCGUGGACGGGAAGAGCCCCCUCCAGGCGUACUGCGAGGCUGAAGGCGUGACGGACAUCCUGGUCCCGGAGCUGAUGAAGAAGCUGGACAUCCUGGGGGAUAACGCCAACCUGACCAAUGAGGAGCAAGUGAUUGUCAUACAAGCCAGGACAGUCCUGACCUUGGCCGAAAAGUGGCUGCAGCAGAUUGAGGAGACAGAGUCGGCGCUGCAGCGGAAGAUGGUGGAUCUGGAGAGCGAGAAGGAGCUGUUCAGUAAGCAGAAGGGCUACUUGGACGAGGAGCUGGACUACAGGAAGCAGGCCUUGGACCAGGCCCACAAGCACAUCCUGGAGCUGGAAGCCAUGCUGUACGACGCCCUGCAGCAGGAGGCCGGGGCCAAAGUGGCCGAGCUGCUGUCAGAGGAGGAGCGUGAGAAGCUCAAGGCGGCUGUGGAGCAGUGGAAGCGCCAGGUCAUGAGUGAGCUGCGGGAGCGGGACGCCCAGAUCCUGCGGGAGCGUAUGGAGCUGCUGCAGGUGGCACAGCAGAGAAUUAAAGAGUUAGAAGAAAGAAUAGAAGCUCAGAAGAGACAAAUAAAGGAACUGGAGGAGAAGUUUUUAUUUUUGUUCUUAUUUUUCUCCUUAGCUUUCAUUCUCUGGUCGUAG